AUGGGAGUACGAGUACUCCUCCACCGAGACAGAGGCACGAAGCGCCAGCCGCGCCCUCUCUUGAAGCAAGAGCUGACGUCCAUUCAGACAUACUACAUGACGGUCGACCUAUCCAUCCCCCAGUUUGCGCGCCGAUGGCGCCCCAUUCCCGCGUCCACUCGAGGCGGCCACCAACAUAAGAGCUGGACCCAACCCUCCCAGCGCAAACGACCUACCAUGACCCAUCACCGCCUCGAUUCGGACGAAGAAGACAAGGACGAUGAUCUGCCCGAACCCGAAGACGAUGACGAGGAAGACGAAGAACUUGAGGAUGAACAAGGCCAGGGAGGCACAGGCCAACAGCACCCCGAAGCAGCCGGCAAUGGCGGCGACGGCGGCGGCGGCGGCACUGGCAAGGACGCCUUUCCAGGAAACGAAGAGCCCGCCGUCGACGAGCUCCAGAUUCUCGACCUCCACACCGAACAUCCCCUCUUCGGCUACCGCAACCGCAUCUUCAAGGGCUCCUGGUCCCGCGUGCUCGGCACGGAGCUCAUCUUCGCCGACCAGACGCCCGACCACCGCGGCCGCCGCCUGCCGUGCCUGCGCUCCCUGCCCGGCGAGGUCGACCUCCUCGCCGCCAGCUGGGCGCGCAUGGCGACGACCGAGAUGAAGGUCGCGCCCAAGCACGUCGCUGACCAAGGCCCCGACCGCUUCCGCGACAUCAAGCUGCGUCACGGCAUCCGCAUCCCCGUCUGGGGCGACAAGACGGGCGAGCGCAAGAUCCAGACGCGCUUCCUCGAGGACCUCAUGGCCCUCAAGCUCAAGAAGAAGGAAAAGGACGAUGUGACUGUCUACGCCCAGGCGCCCGCCUACCGGGACAGGCUGUCUGCCAUUCCGCGCGUCCGCCGCGGCGGCUGGAAGGGGGCCGGCAGGCGCGGUGGCGGCGACGGCGCUGCCGACGACGACGACGACGAAGGGGCGAGGAAGAGGAGAAAGCCGCUGCCGAGCGGUCGACCCAAGGCCGACGGGCGCAAGAACAGGGUCAGAUGGCAUGCGCGUGGACGUGGCAGGGGCAAGGGUGCCAUUGCUGGAGGGCAGGCCGUCAUGGACCGUCCCGAGCUGCUCAUGGACAACGGAGAGAACUCGGAUGAGGAGUUAUCGGCGCCUACGCCAGAUAAAUGGUCCGACCUCGAGGGCACAUUCAGGAUAGAAGGCCAUGAGGAUGACGUCGAGAUGGCGGAGGCAGACGGCGGCACGGGUGCAGCAGACGCACCAGAAGGCGAGGGGUCGAGACAUGCUUGA